AUGGAUAAUUUCAAGGAUAAGAUCCAUAACCUUGGGGAUCACCUCAAAGACACCCAUAUCGAUGAAAAGGCACACCACCUAAAGCACAGAGUCGGCAAGUUUUUCAACAUUGUAAACCCGAACCACCGUCACGAUGAAGAACAUGAGCAGGAAACCGACAGGAAAAGAACCGCAGUCAGCGAGUCUCACCGUUUUGGUUCCUUUGCACCCAUUCGGGAGGGAAACAGAGUCAAAUGGUAUGUCGAUGCGCUCGACUACCUCUGGGCUGUUUCCAUAGCCUUGGAGCAAGCAAAGGAGGUCAUCUAUAUCGAGGACUGGUGGCUUUCGCCAGAACUGUUCCUUCGCAGGCCUGCUCUCACAACGCAAGAAUGGCGAUUGGAUCAGAUCCUUAAGCGUAAGGCGGAGGCCGGCGUGAAGAUCUAUGUGAUCGUAUACAAGGAGGUGAACCAAGCAUUGACGUGUAACUCUGCUCAUACAAAGCACGCUCUGCGGGCACUUUGCCCCGAGGGAAGCCCUGGAUACGGGAACAUCAAAGUCCUUCGCCACCCAGAUCAUAAUAUUUUCGAAAACGCGGCUGACAUGACGUUAUACUGGGCUCAUCACGAGAAAUUUAUCGUCAUCGAUUACAACUUGGCUUUCAUCGGAGGUAUUGACCUAUGCUUCGGUAGGUGGGACGCACACCAGCAUCCACUAGCGGACGUGCACCCCUCAAAUCUGAGGGCAGAGGUCUUCCCCGGGCAAGAAUUCAACAACAACCGGAUUAUGGACUUCCAAAGUGUAGGGGACUGGCAAUCAAAUGAGAUCAGUAAAGCAGAGUACGGUCGAAUGCCAUGGCAUGAUGUCGCUAUGGGUUUGAUUGGUGACUCUGUCUAUGACAUUGCCGAACACUUUGUCCUCCGGUGGAACUUUAUCAAGCGUGACAAGUAUAAGCGAGACGCGGGCGUUGAUUGGCUUCUUCUCGAAGGUCGCACUGGAGAUGAUGAAGAUAUUGUUGCCGUUCAACGCCCCAAGUACCCAGUCGGUGACUACGUGCAGCACCCCUACUCGCCUCUGAGCACCAAGCUCCGUGGCAAGCAAGGAUCCGUUGGAGCACAGAUUGUUCGAAGUAGCGCUGAUUGGAGCAGCGGCAUCCUGGUUGAACACAGCAUCCAGAAUGCUUACAAGGAGAUCAUCAGUAAAGCUGAGCAUUUUGUCUACAUUGAGAAUCAGUUUUUCAUCACUGCCACUGGUGACGAGCAACAGCCCAUUCUCAACACAAUUGGACGUUCUAUCGUCGAUGCUUGCGUCCGAGCGGGCAAAGAAGGAAGAAAGUUCAGAGUAAUUAUAGUCAUCCCCGCUAUCCCCGGAUUUGCCGGAGACCUUCGACAAAACGAAGCUACUGGAACUCGCGCUAUCAUGGACUAUCAGUAUAAAUCGAUCAACCGAGGAGAGCACUCCAUCUAUGGUCAGAUAUCGGCCCAGGGAGUUGAUCCUACACAGCAUAUCUUCGUCUUCAAUUUGCGGGCGUUUGAUCGAAUCAAUAAGACUCCUGCGCUUGUAGAGUUGGAAAAUGAGGCUGGGGUAACAUAUCAUGAUAUCCAGCGUGGAGUGGCAGAAACCCUUACGAGCGAAAGUGUCCACCCGGCUAUUGGUAAGGACGGCGAUAAGCACGAAGUCAACUACGGAGAUGCGGAGAAGGAGAAAGAAGAGCGAAUCGCCAAACUACAAAAAUAUGAGGAACGGAAUGAAGCUCGCGAAGGACACCCUGCUGCCAACAAAGACAACGUAUCCCACGUAGCAAUGCUUAACGGCGGCAAAAUGUCCGACGAGAUUUGGGAGGGUGAUCCUGAAGCGGAGAAGGAGAACUUCGUUCAGGAAGAGCUUUAUGUACACGGCAAGGUGUGCAUUGUGGAUGAUAGGGUGGCAAUCUGCGGCAGUGCCAAUAUCAACGAUCGAUCCCAACUCGGAUACCACGACAGCGAGCUCGCCAUCGUUGUUGAGGAUCAAGAUUUCAUCAACAGCACAAUGGACGGAAAACCUUAUAAGGCCGCGCGCCUUGCAGCGACUCUUCGUCGACAAUUGUGGAGAGAGCAUCUUGGCCUGCUCCCGGCACAGGACUAUGAUGCAUCCAAGCAUCCGAAUGCCCAGCCGCCCACUGUCUGCAUGAAUGAGAUUCUCGAGGGCCCGGAGAAUGACUUCGUCACCGACCCAUUGAACGAUGAACUCUGGAAGACAUGGACAGGCCAGGCUAGCGUGAACACCGAGGUCUACCGACAGCUCUUCCGCACAGACCCCGAUGACAAUAUCAAAACCUUCGAACAAUAUGACUCGUAUAGGCCCAAGGACGGGUGUAAGCUUGGCCACCUCUUCGAUCCCUACAUGCCGGUCAAAGAAGUCCGAGAGAAGCUCGAUAAAAUCAAAGGACAUCUCGUCUGGAUGCCUUUAGACUUCCUGAAGGAUGCGGAAAUGGCGGAGCCGGGUCUGCAGGUUAACCAAAUUACGGAAAGUAUUUACACCUGA